UUCCCUCAUGGGGUUUGACCACGAGACAAAGUUUCGAUAACAUGACAUGUGAUCAAAGGCGAAGUUACGAUGUUAAUUUUGUAGUUCACUCGGUUCUUCGAUUAGAAAAUGUCAGUUCAAGUGAAAGAAGGUGUCAGCCCAUCCGGGGCCGUGAAAGUCACAGCCAAAAAACACAAAUGGUAUCUUGGAGGAAUCGCCUCUGCCAUGGCAGCUUGUUGCACGCAUCCGUUGGAUUUGCUCAAGGUUCAUUUACAGACACAGCAACAGGUUACACAAAGACUUUCAUCCAUGGCAAUUCAUGUUGUCCGAACACAAGGCGCCUUUGCGCUUUACAAUGGACUGUCAGCUUCUGUCAUGAGACAGCUUACCUAUUCCACAACACGUUAUGGAUUGUAUGAAGUGGUCUCUGCAGAGUUAAGAAAAGGAAAUGAACCACUACCUUUUUACCAGAAAGUUGUAAUCGGAUCAGUAUCUGGUUUCCUGGGCGGAAUUGUUGGCAACCCUGCAGAUAUGGUCAAUGUAAGAAUGCAAAAUGAUGUCAAAACACUUGAUAAAGCACUCAGAAGAAAUUAUAAGCAUGUGUUUGAUGGCCUCUAUAGAACAGCAACAGAAGAGGGUGUGUCAACUUGGAUGAAAGGUGUUACAAUGACCUCAUCCAGAGCUCUCCUGAUGACAGUGGCUCAGGUUGCAUGCUAUGAUCAAGCUAAGCAGCUGUUACUUGCAUCAGGGUAUUUCAAGGACAAUGUUAUUGCACAUUUCACUGCAAGUUUUAUAGCCGGUACAAUUGCUACUGGUAUUACACAACCUGUUGAUGUUAUGAAGACAAGACUUAUGGAAGCAAAACCUGGGCAGUACAAGAGUGUGGUCCAUUGUAUACUUUUUACUGCAAGACUUGGACCAAUGGGAUUUUAUAAGGGUUUUAUCCCAGCUUGGGUACGUUUGGCACCUCACACGAUUAUCACAUGGAUCUUCCUAGAGCAACUAAGAUUGCUCUUUCCUGUGAAACAGACACAGUGAUUUAACAGACUUCCGAACAUAUUAAUAUAUUGAUGUUAUUCCUAAUUUAAUACACAAAAUUAGUAUAAUUUCUGAGCUGAGCAAAGAGUUUCCAGCAAUCUGAUUGGUCGAGCGGUUCCUUAUAUGACGCUAUAUAAAUCGCUCCACGCAGUUUAUAUAAAAUGUUAAAAUGAAAUGUUAAUAAAUGGUACUAAAAUGUUAUGAUUUUAGAAAUUUCUGUUCAGCUCUGAAAUUGUACUAAAACAAUUAUUUGCCUCAGGUUCAGUGAAUAUUGUCAAAUAAUCCCCGAGACGAAGUUGAGCGGAUUAUUCAAUGAUAUUCACCUUGCCUUUAGCAAACAAUUGUUAAUUAGUAUGGUUUAUUUGACUAUUAUGGAGAAACUAUUUAGGUUGUAUUAUAGAUCCUUAUAGAUUAUAUUCACUGUUUUGAUACUUGCUGAAAGCCAUGUACAUGAAUUGGAUAAAAGUAAUUUUAAAAAUACAGUCAUGAAACAAGAGUUUAUUAAAAAACAAUUGAGAUGUUGCUUUUCCUCAAGAACUAGUUGUAAGAUGGGGUAUGGUGUCAUAUAUAAGUAGCCACUAAUAACGUGAAGGAAUGGAAUAAAUAUUUAACUCAUCUAUAAGUAAAUCGUGACCACCAUUUAAAAAA